GUUUUUUAGUGAAAAUUUCAAAGGGACUUGAAAACAUUCACAAUGCAGAUUUUAUACAUCGAGACUUCCAUAGCGGAAACAUAUUAUUUCUUGUCGAUAGUAUAAGUAUGGCCAGAUGGCAAUCAAAAAAAUGUAGUAUAGAUGUUAAGAUUGGAGAUCUAGGGUUAUCUCAAGCUGUAAAUAGCAAAACAUCAAAUAAUGAAAUAUAUGGAGUAAUACCUUAUAUUGCGCCUGAAAUAUUUAAAGGAUCAGAAUUUUCUAAAGAAGCUGAUAUUUAUAGUUUGGGCAUGAUUAUGUGGGAAUUUACAACGNUUAUAUUGCGCCUGAAAUAUUUAAAGGAUCAGAAUUUUCUAAAGAAGCUGAUAUUUAUA